AAGUUUGCGUAGUGGUGGUUUUUGCAAAUAGUUUAUUUGUUCGUAUUUAUUGUAUUGCUUUUGUCCUAAUACUCAUUGUAUUUCUCAGUAAGAAAACUGCCAUUAAAGCAAAAUUGUUAUAAUUUACUUUGAGAUAGUUAUCGACAAUUUUGAGAACCAUAACAUAACCUCAACCAAACAUGAAUGUGAGUCAAGAAGAUUUGAAGGAAAUUGGGCAAAUAUGUAUUCCCGGUAUGAGACUGAGUUUGGCCGACAAAGAGCACAUCGCUGGACCCGGAACAUAUGAACUUAAAGGUUACAUUUAUUCCACAUUGACUGGAGUCUUAAAAAUUGAAGAUGAUGAGAAAAAUAAGGUCAAAGUCAUAUCUGUAGAAAGUCCAAGAACACCAAGCAUUCUGCCAAAAGCUGGUGAUAUAGUCACAGCUAAAGUAACAGUGGUUAAUUCCCGAAUGGUGCAAUGCAUCAUCCUGUGCGUUGGUCCAUCAGUUCUGGUGAGACCGUACAGGGGCAUUUUGAAGAAGGAAGACAUCAAGAGUACUGAUAAGGACAGAAUUGAUCCUUACAAAUGUUUUCGGCCAGGAGAUGUGAUAUUGGCUAGAGUUCUGCCAAUGACAGAAAUCCACUGGUACCACAUAUCAACAGCUGAGAACGAGCUGGGCGUCGUCAUAGCAACAGCCGAGGGAUCCCCACAAGGCGUUGGAAUGGUGCCCAUCAGCUGGUCAGAGAUGCAGUGUCCUAAAACACUGGUCAAGGAACCGAGGAAAGUCGCCAGAGUCAUCCCGGACAACAUUAUGAACCAAAAUUUGUUCCCUGCUAAAGUUAAGAAGGAAGUAGUUGAAGUAAAAGACGACUAAUAAAAUAGUUUAGUAUA